CAGUGGAGCAGUGAGAUAGCUGUGGACAAGUUGCCUGCCGCGGUGUACUGACUCGUACAGCAGUCAGCUGUUAGUUAGCAUUCAUUGGCACGAACUGAGCACCGGCCGCGCGCUAACAUGAUUAGAACGUACGAGACCCGCAAGUCUAUCUCAAUCCCUACAGAGGAGGACAUGGCGGAGGUCGUGAUAGUGGAGGACAAAGUGGAGGAGGUCGAACUACGGGAGACCAAGCCCGUGGAGGACAAACCAGUCCCUCAGGAGGUUAUUCAGAUCUCUAAGGACGAUGUUCCGUUCGUAUUCAGCCCGCUGUCCGACGAGUUAUCCAAUCUGGUCCGAGCCGCCUGCACCCUGAUGCCCCCCGCAGAGGUGACGGUCAGCCCCCCUGGCUGCGUCCUCACCGAGAACUACUGCAACUACGCGAAGCGUAUCCGAGACUUGGAGGUGCGCGAGGACGAUAUCUGGAUUGUAUCCUUUCCCAAGUCGGGGUCUCGGCUAACACAAGAGCUGGUGUGGUUGCUGACCAACAACCAGGACUACGAAGAAGCCCAGAAAACAGUUCUUCACAAACGUUUCAUUUUUCUAGAAUACAUAACAUUGUGGCCAGAGGGUGCUGACCAACCCGAUACUGUGUCUUGGGUGGAGGAAAUGCCCUCACCUCGGUUUAUCAAAUCCCACCUCCCCUUGGAAUUGCUUCCCAAACAGCUGUGGACAAAGAAACCUAAGAUAAUCUAUGUUGGGCGAAACCCCAAGGACUCUGCAUUAGCAUACUUCGCUCACUACCAGAAGUUCUACCAGUACACGGGGUCGCAAGAUCAGUUUUUUGAAGCGUUCUAUCGUGAUAAAGUUGUAUUUAGUCCAUUCUGGGAGCACGUCCUGGCGUUUUGGGAAAAGAGAAAGGAACCAAAUGUUCUCUUUAUUACGUUUGAAGAGAUGUCUCAGAAUUUACCAGCUGUUAUUAAACGAACUGCAGCCUUUCUCGGCACCUCCGUGGAGUCGGAAGCGGAGGCGAAACUUCUGGAUCAUCUUCAGUACGAAAGGGCAAAAAACAAGGAAGAAAAAAAAGAAGGAGAAGAGGAGGUGGAGGAUCGACUGAACCUGGUGAGCCUGGGGAAGGCGGGGUGUUGGCGGCAGUCCAUGACUCCGUCAUGUGCUGAGAAGUUCGACAAAUGGACAAAAGAGAAACUGGCCGGCACAGAUUUCAGUAAUGUAUUCAUGAUCAUUUAGUGCCGAUCACUGCCCCGGUUUUGUUAAUAAUCUCUAGAAAAUUGUAAAACGUUGUUACGAAAAUGAAAAUAUAUGUAUAUAACUGGUUAAA